AGUGUUUUCUGAUUCUCUUCUGUUCUGUUCUUAGUUCUCCACAAAGGAACAUUCACAGUAUCUGGCCCUCUGGUCCAACCCACCCUGGCCUGGGUGGGGGAAGAUGUCCUGCUGUCCUGUCACCUCUCCCCUAAGAUGGAUGCUCGAGAAAUGACUGUGAAAUGGGUCAGAGGUUCACUGGUUGUGCACAUGUACCGCAUGGGGAAUGAGAUGGAGGAAGUCCAGGCCCCUGCAUUCCAAGGGAGGACAAAGAUGCUGAGAGAGGACAUGGCUGAGGGGAAGGUGACUGUGAGAAUUCACCUGGUCCAGCUGUCUGACACCGGCCUGUACACAUGCUAUUUCCAGGCAGGCAUCUUUUACAAUGAAACCAGCUUUGACCUUCAGGUAGCAGAACGCCAGAAGCUACCAUUGUCAGUGGCUGGCCCCGCUCAGCUCAUUCAGGCCAAGGAAGGGGAAGAUGUCACACUCUCCUGUGACAUCUCCCCCACGAUGGAUGCUCGGGACAUAACUGUGAACUGGUUCAGAAACCAGACCCUUGUGUACAGGUACCCAAACGGGGAGAACCUGGAGGAAUCCCAGGGCACUGAGCUCCAGGGAAGGACAAAGCUGCUGAAACAUGACAUGGCUGAGGGGAAGGCGACCUUGAGCAUACAGCAGGUCCAGGUCUCUGACUCUGGUCCGUACACAUGCCAGAUGCAGUCACCUACCUAUCACAGUGAAGCCCACAUUGAACUGCAGAUAGCAGAGUGUCUCCCCACAUCUCAGAAGACACUUCCUAUAAUGAUUGCUGCUGUAGUCCUGGUGGUCUUCACUGGUUCCCUCAUGGUGACUUGUUUCUUCUGCAAAACAAAAUUCCAGAGCAGAGAUUAUUCCAUGAUGUCCAGCUCCAGAAGAAGGACAGAGAAGCAGCAGGGACCCACCUCCCUCUCCUGGGAAGCUCCAGCUUCCCCUCAGGCCACCAGCUGGAGAAUCUAUUGAUCCUUUCUUGAAACAGGAAGGGGAAGGCUGGGCAGUAUGACUAGAGAACAGGGCCUUGUUUUGUCCCCCCUUUCCCUCCCUACAUCGAGGACCAUAUGCAGUACAAUCAUGUUAAACACAUUA